GCUGAACUCUUAAAGAGAACCUCCCUUCUUCCUCACGGUGCUGCAGCUCCGUACAAUGUACUGAGCCUCGCCAGCCACCGUAGGCGAGGUCGCGGCGCGUCCGUGACGUCACUUGUGUGCGCUUCUGCCGCACUAAGGGAAACAUGGCUCUAUCGCGGCCAGUGAGGCUCUUUUCCCUCGUGGCUCGGUUGAUCCUGGCGCCCCGACGAGGUCUCACGGUCCGCAGUCCCGACGAACCCCUGCCGGUGGUACGCAUUCCAGUGGCUCUACAGCGGCAGUUGGAACAACGGCAGAGCAGGCAGCGGAACCUCCCGAGGCCGGUGCUGGUUCGACCUGGACGGCUGCUGGUCUCGGCGCGGCGGCCGGAGUUCAACCAGCCGGCGCGCCUCACACUGGGUCGUUGGGAGAGCGCGCCGCUAGCCUCUCAAGGCUGGAAGAGUCGACGCGCGCGUCGGGACCACUUCUCCAUCGAGCGAGCGCAACAGGAGGCGCCAGCUGUGCAAAAGCUCUCGUCCGAGGGUAACUUUGCUGACCUGGGCCUGGAGCCCCCUGUGCUGCACGCACUACAAGAGGUUGCGCCUGAAGUCGUUCAGCCCACAACCGUGCAGUCUAACACUAUCCCCCAACUACUUCGCGGCCGCCACGUCCUUUGCGCCGCAGAAACCGGCAGUGGCAAGACUCUUAGCUACCUCCUGCCGCUGUUUCAACGGCUCAUGGGCCAGCCAAGCCUGGACUCCCUUCGUAUCCCGGCUCCCCGAGGCCUAGUCCUUGUUCCUUCCCGAGAACUGGCCCAACAGGUGCGGGCUGUGGCCAAACCCUUGGGCCGCUCCUUGGGCCUGCUGGUGCGGGACCUGGAGGGAGGCCACGGCAUGCGUAGGAUCAGGAUGCAAUUGUCCAGACAACCUUCAGCAGAUGUGCUAGUGGCCACUCCAGGGGCUCUGUGGAAGGCUCUGAAAAGUCGACUGAUUAGUCUGGAGCAACUCUCGUUCUUGGUGUUGGAUGAGGCAGACACACUGCUGGAUGAAAGCUUCCUGGAACUGGUGGACUACAUCUUAGAGAAGAGCCACAUAGCAGACGGCCCAGCUGACUUGGAAGACCGCUUCAAUCCCAAAGCUCAGUUAGUGCUGGUAGGAGCCACAUUUCCUGAAGGUGUAGGCCAAUUGCUGAAUAAAGUCGCCAGCCCAGAUGCUGUCACCACCAUCACCAGCUCCAAGCUCCACUGUAUCAUGCCUCAUGUGAAACAGACAUUUCUGAGACUGAAGGGAGCAGAUAAGGUAGCCGAGCUGGUGCACAUUCUCAAGCAUCAUAACAGAGCAGAAAGGACUGGCCCCUCAGGAACUGUUCUGGUGUUCUGUAAUAGCUCCAGCACUGUGAACUGGCUGGGAUAUAUUCUGGAUGACCACAAAAUCCAACACCUAAGGUUGCAGGGGCAAAUGCCAGCCUUAAUGAGGGCAGGAAUCUUCCAGUCCUUCCAGAAGAGCUCCCGAGACAUACUUCUCUGCACAGACAUAGCCUCUCGGGGCCUGGACAGCACUGGUGUGGAACUGGUUGUCAAUUAUGAUUUCCCCCCAACGCUGCAAGAUUACAUCCACAGAGCAGGGAGAGUGGGCCGUGUGGGGAGCGAGGUUCCAGGCACCGUCAUCAGUUUUGUGACCCAUCCCUGGGAUGUGAGCCUGGUUCAGAAGAUUGAGCUGGCGGCUCGCCGAAGGAGAAGUCUUCCAGGACUAGUAUCCUCGGUGAAAGAGCCUUUGCCGCAGCAACCUGAUUUUGACAAAUCUGAUUAAAAUGUGAUGCUAGAACAGGGAUAUUUCCCAGUAUCUUGGGUGGGUGAUCACACUUGUGAGUGGGAGGCUCUGGGCUGCCGUCAGCGCCUUGAGGGUAGGAUGAACUGCCAUGUGACUUGGAAAGGUAAGAUGCUAGCCAGCAUUGGAGAAGAAGCUGCUGAGCAUGGCUUUCUGUAGUCUUUCACAAGACACAAGUGGAUUUUGACUUUGUAUCAUAUCAUGAUUUCUAACAAUAAAUGAUGUUUUUAUGUGCCUCCCCUAA